AUGCGGCUCACCGGAAGUCUGGCCGCUAGCAAGCGGAACUUCACUCUCUUGGCAAACGGCGGCUCAAGACUUGUUUGGAAGGCUUAUGCCAUUGCGUUACAGGCCCAUCUGACAACGCAAGAUGACCUGGACAAUUCUACCAAGGCGAUCUUCGUCACCUCACCGGGCCUCUUUGAUAUCCCCGCGGGCGAGUUUGCUCCUCAGCAGAUCUCCAACGAUCACAUAUUUCGCCGAACCGAUUGUCUACAGAGCACUCGAUCUCCAUUCUAUACGUCUGAUGGAGAAAGCUACUUUGAUUCUCGUCGCAAAUAUCUACAAACUGUUCACGACGAUGCCAUGACUUCGUCCCAUGUCAGUGGCUCAAUCUCAAAGCUCCGCUCUGAAAUCGAGCAUGCGCAGGACAGAAGUGCACAGGCAUACCUCCGGGACCUCGAUCUAUACCGGAAAUUCGCAGCUGUGGCUGGAUCGGAGCUGACCAACUUUGAAGCCUGGGGCGAGAAGUUCGGCAUUUAUUAUGCAUGGGCCAAGAGCGAGCAGAAACGGCUCGAAUCGGAUUACACCCUUGCUGCCACCAAAACGUCAAGCGGUGUUGGGCUGGUGUUGGCUGCGUUUGAUCUGGCACGGGAUACCUCAACUCUCAGACUUGGGAGCAACAUGCAAUGUUCCAAUAUGGACAUCCCAUCUUCAAAAGGGCGCGCACAGACUCCUUUAGUGGUUCCUACUGACCAGGUCUAUUACCGACCGCUCUAUUCAAUCAACGGCAUCGACCGAAGAGUUGACUCUUGGGUCGGUGCUCAGGAUGGCGGUCGCGAAGAGAUUGAGUUAGAUCUCGAUCUUUCCUAUGCCAAGACAGCUUCUUGGGCAAGCCUUGGGUUUCCCAACCUCGAUCACGACCCCCUCUACGACACCAAAGUGGUUGAUGCUACCAGUCCGGAUGUGACACUCUCACUUAAGGCUGGGGGUAUGCAAGCAUUCGACGUUGAUCGGGGCUUUUGGGAUGUUAGCGCCGCUGCUCGAUCUCAGCUUGGCUCGGCUGUAGACAACGGAGGAAGUUCCGGUAAACUCAUGAAGAUCACCAGAAUCUUGCUGGGAUAUAAAGUGGAAAUAAGAAUGACAUGCGCGGAUGGAAAGAAGAGCCAGCUGUCGGACGCUUUGGCCGGCUCGGGUGGGGAGAAGAUAUUGGGAAUGACAAGUGACAGGUGUACUGUUCAUAGCGACGAUGGGCAGGUCGUCGUUACUAGUGCCCCUAGUGGCUUUCCGACCGUUUUGGCGGUUCUGGGACGUGAAAUCUAA